AUGGAAAACAAGAAAGUAUUAAUGGUAUGCUUAGGAAACAUUUGUAGAUCUCCUAUUGCUGAAGCAGUAUUUCUUCAGACUAUAAAAGAUGAAGAAAUUGAGCAUCAAUGGGAUGUCGAAAGUGCUGCGUUAGGGUCAUGGCAUGUUGGUAACUGUCCUGACGAUAGGGCUAUGGCUACAUUGAAAAAGCAUAAUAUUUCAUAUUGUCACAAAGCACGCCAAGUUACGGAAGAAGACUUUACUAAAUUUGACUUUAUUUUUGGUAUGGAUGAACAAAACAUAAGGGAUUUGAAUCGCAGGGCUCCAAAAAAUGCAACAGCAAAAGUAAUGUUGCUAGGAUCAUUUGAUCCAGAGGGUGAUAAAAUAAUUAGAGAUCCUUAUUAUGAUAGUGGCUUGGAAGGAUUUGAAAAAUGUUAUCAGCAAUGUGUUCGAUCAUGUAAAGCAUUUUUAACAUCACUAAAUAAAAACUAGGAUCAUAUCAACAAAUAAUAGUUUUAUUAAA